AUGAAGGAGCUUCUACCCCAGAUUAUCAACGAUGAUAUCGAUCUUUACUCUGUUCUAGUCAUACCGAAAGAUGCAACUUCACUGGAAAUACGACGAGCGUAUAGAAAGCAAGCACUUGUUCACCAUCCGGAUAAAAGCACCGAUUCUUCUCGCUUCAAUUUGAUUCUAACGAGCUUUCAAAUAUUAUCCAAUAAUGCAUUACGAAAACAGUACGAUACCUUGCAAGAGUUGAGAAACCAAAAACUCGCUAGUCGGGCUCAAGUUAGUGACUUUAUCAAAAAAUUUCAAAAUGAUCUACUCGAUAAGGAGAAAGAAGCAGGAGAAGGGGCCAGAAAAAACUAUACUACUGAUAUUGAUCAGUUGAGAGAAGAUGGUAUUAAACGAAGAAGAGUAUAUGAGCAGACAAUUCGGUGGAAAAACAAAACUGGCGUGACAAAGACUAUCCAUGAUAUACCAUUACCGAACAUGUUAAGCUCUUUCAAGACAUCGACUGAAGGCAAGUUAAGUUACAAGAACAAACCUAAUUUGGAAAUCACCGAGAUGGUGUUGUCAGAGAUAAUGAGUAUUUUUGGGGCUAUAAAAAGGGUAGAAUUGAAAGGAAACGAUAGUAGAUAUGCAUAUGCUAUAAUUGAGUACCAGGAUGCAUUUGGUUUACAAAAUGCUUUAGCUUACGAUUACUCGUCAGCCAGGAAAUGGGACGGCACAAAAGUGAGAAAAUUGGCUAGUUUAUUGAGAUCAUUUGAAAAGUGCAAUACUAACUUCAACGGUAAUUGGACCGACAAUCAGAAAGUAAACAAGAUUCUCGAUCAAUAUGUUAGAUCCGUAUCUGACCAGGUAACGUAA